CCUGGUCUUGCUCAUCGGAAGUGGCAGCUCCCCGGGACUCCAGCUUGUGUGUGACCCUCUGCAGUGUCCAGAGAGAAGACCACGGGACCUGGGGGGCAGUGGCACCACAGCCCAGGUACGACUGCUUCUGUCCCUGUGGGGGUUCUGGCGGCUCCCUCUCUGCCUCUGGGUCUGAUUCUGGAGGUUUUCAGGAGAAGCCAUGACCUCAGCCACAGACACCAAGAGGAUGAGGGAGGAAGCCACCUGCUCCAUCUGCCUGAGCCUGAUGACUGAGCCGCAGAGCAUCAGCUGUGGACACAGCUUCUGCCAGCGGUGCAUAGAGGGCUUCCUGGACAACCAGCAGCCAAAUCUGCGCCAGCACCCCUGUCCCCAGUGCCGGGCUCCAUUCAACAGGACAAGCCUGCGGCCUAACAAGCAGCUGGGGAACCUCAUUGAGGCCAUGAAGAAGCUGGACCUGGAGAUGAUGUGCAAGGAGCACGGGGAGAAGCUGCACCUGUUCUGCGAGGACGAUGGUCAGCUCAUCUGCUGGUGCUGUGAGCGGUCAUCCCAGCACAAGGGGCACAACACCACACUCGUGGAGGACGCAUGCUCAGGCUACAAGGAACUGCUCCAGGAAGCUGUGACAAAUUUGAGAGAACUGGAAAAGGAGUGUAGGAAUCGGAAAGAGUUCAUGACAAAACAAAUAACCGAAUGGAACACAAAGGUGGAGCUUCAGAGACAGAAAAUCCAGGAUGACUUCAAGGAGCUGCACAACUUCCUGCAGGAGGAAGAGAAGUCCUUCCUGUGGAGACUGGAGAAGGAGAACGAGCAGACUCUGGAGGCUCUGAGGGACAGCGAGGCCAGUCUGGAGCGCAAGAGACGUGAACUCGAGAGUCACAUCCAGCGCCUGGAGGACAGGUGUCAAGACUCAGCCCAGAAGCUGCUGCAGGACGUGAAGGGCACUUUGAGCAGGAGCUGGGCUGUGAAGCUAGACACACCAUACGCCCCACCUUUAAAGAUUCAGACUGUCUGCGAUGUUUCUGAGCUUUACUUUGAUGUGACGAAGCUGUUGAGGGGCUAUCAAGUCAACGUGACUCUGGAUCCAGAGACAGCUCAUCGGGAACUAAUCCUGUCUGAGCGUCAGAGACAAGUGACUUGGGAGCCCUUCCAGAAUAAUGUGCAUGAUUCUCCUAGGAGAUUUACCACCUACUGCUGUGUCCUGGGCCGUCAGGGCUUCACCUCUGGACGACAUUACUUUGAAGUGUAUGUGGAAGGAGGAACUCAGUGGGAGCUAGGUGUUUGUAUGGAAAACGUGCAGAGGGACACUUACACAAAGCCGAAGCCCCAGUCAGGGUUCUGGGCCAUCAGACUGUGUACCAAGGUCAACUACAUAGCGCUGACGUGCCCCCCCACCCCCCUUCCCAUGCGGGAGCGGCCUCUGCUUGUGGGGGUUUUCCUGGACUAUGAGGCGGGAGCCGUCUCCUUUUACAACAUGACCACAGACUCCCACAUCUUCACCUUUCCCAGGGCCUCCUUCUGGGGCAAGCUGAGGCCCUAUUUCCGGGUUUAUCCCUCUUCUCCUCUGUUCCUGCCUCCCCAAUAUGAGUAAACAAAGGCACAGUCUCCUUCUUGGCUUCACCAGCAUCCAGAAAAUAACAUGAAUCCUGUGAGGAGGAAUUUUGGUCUGUUUUCUUCCCGCCAUUUCCUUGUACCUACAACAGUGAAGGCGGAGCCUCUGGUGGGUCCCUAAUAAUCUGCAUUGAGUGAACAGCCCAAAGGACUGUGAAACAACACAGCUGGUCAGUCUGGAGGUUAGCAAGAUAGUAGCAGUGACCAGACCUUGUCCUCUCCAUCCCCUUCCAUGGGGUCAGAGCUCUGAUUUCCGACAGUCCUUGGGUGACCAGCAGGGUGACCCAGAGGUCAGGUCUGAGUCCUCCCAGUGUGUUUCACGCUAUGUGAACUCUUGUGGGGAUGAGGGGAAGCUGCAAGUCUCGGCCCACAGCAGGAAAUCCACAGAGCAGUGACUCCUGUGCACACUGAUGUUUGGUGAACAGCCUGAGUCAUAGUUCUGGGUGGUGGUGAGUGCAGAGGCUGUCGGCCUGACGGAAACCAAGCCAAGUGUGAGAGAAGAUGGAGACUGGGCUUAGAGUGAGAUGCUGCGAAGGGGGAGGAGAUGAAGAGGCAAAAUGAAGUUUGCUGGGGGACACAGUCCUGGAAUAGAAGCUGAUGUUCUCCAGACUGUGCUGGCACUACUAUCUUGUAAUAUUUCUAAUACCAGUCAAUAGCUGUUGUAAUGGUUGUUGGCCGUGUAGAUUACGAUUUAGAUACAAACCUCAACUAUACAUUGGUUGCUUGGAAAAGUAUAUUACAUGUCACACCUAAAUCAUCAGGAUCAGUUGGCUAGUGACAGGACCAUGAUGAAGUCAACAAAACAUGCACAACGUUACUGAUGACUAAAACGUGUCAAAACAUCGCUGAACAUUAUGAUAGUUUA